UCUAACUAUUUUUCUCAUGUCUAAUUGAUUCCUUUUUUCUUCACAGAGCAAAUAUGAUUGCUAUGCCACUGAACAAGAGAUACUCUUGGGAUCGGCUCGCAUAGUUAAAGAGCACGGUGCCAGACUGGGAGGUACUUGGCAAUCAUAAUCGUGGAUUCAUGGUUCGACAGAGCCUCGCAAAGAUUGUUUCCUCACCAUGUAUGUUCAACCGAACCAUCCUGCCAAAAUCGACUUGGAAACCCUGUACACAAGAGUCUCGCAAUCUGCACGAAUCCUUGUGAUUGUUAACAACACUGUCUAUCACUUGAUCCAUGACCUUGGCCAGUGGGAGAUUUCGGGAAGACUUACUGGUUCAGCAUCUGAAAUGUAAUUAGCCUUGUGACACAGGUCAGACGAAUUCUUCUUUUACUUUGAUUAUGGGCUCUCAUGAUUUUGAAAAUAUCAUAAAGCUAGUUGAGGCAUUUGACCGUUUCUCAUAAAAACAGAGUCCUUUACCUCCUCAGAAAUGUCAACAUCGAAGGGCCUGCCUCUACAGCCCCUAGCAAUAAUCAACGUCUUUAAUAAGAAGACUCGGCAGCAGUUCAGCACCAAAUAUCGAAUCAUUCCAUUCUCUUCCCCAUUGUUGUUCUGCACUCUCUGUUUUGACCGUUCCUCAGAGAAAGAAGAAGAAGAAAAACCAGAUGGAGAAUAGUCUACCGAUCAGCAAUCGCAGCAGCGAAACCGAGUACGAAGACCUGCUGCCGGUGAUGGCGGAGAAGCUGGACGUGGAGGGCUUCGUGAAGGAGCUGUGCGGUGGCUUUCAGCUACUCUGCGACGCCGAGAAGGGGCUCAUCACGUCCGGGAGCCUGCGGGCGAAUUCGGAGCUCCUGGGGAUGGAAGGGAUGACGGAGCAGGACGCGGAGGCCAUGGUGAGGGAAGGAGAUCUCGACGGCGACGGAGCGCUGAGCGAGGCGGAGUUCUGUAUCUUGAUGGUGAGGCUGAGCCCCGGGAUGAUGGAGGAUGCCGAGGCCUGGCUGGAGAAGGCUCUGCAUCAGGAGCUGCAGCGCACCAGCUCCCCUCCUCUUUGAAAAGAAGAAAAGUUAGCUCUGGAAAUGAAAGAAUACUAAUUCUGGACUGCUUGUUUUUCCUUUGUUUGCUUUGUAUCUGCUGCUGCUGCUGUGAUUCCUGCAAAUAAAUAUGUGGAGAAAGAGAUCCCCAAAUUCUGGGAAUUGCAUAGUCCAAAAUGAACCAGUGAGCUGUUCUUCUGUUGGCUGCUCUUUUGUUUGACUGCAACUGUUUUUAAAAAAAAUGUAAUUAUUGAGAUAUUUCUGACGAGAUUAAGCCGUGAUGACCGAUCUAGUUUCUAGCUAAUUAAACUAUCUUACAAAUUGUGAGAGAUAUUGUGAACCCUAUAUGUAUACAAAGAAUAUACAAAUGUAGAGUAA